AUGCGCGCUCCCCCGCUGCGGAGCCCGCCUCCCCCGCCGCCCCGAGAGGCGGCUCCAGAGGAGCUGAGGCGGACACCGAUCCCGCCGGCGCCCCGUGUAGUGGCGGCUCCCGCCGUAUCCUGGGCCUCGGCCCGGACGUCGGCCGCGGCGAGGCCGCCCGUUGUGCGGGUGCAGGGUGGGCGCCUGAGGUGCGCGAACAGGGCCUGCCGCUUCCUGGUGCACGAGGAUCCCAAGUUUGGCGGGUUCUGCUGCAAGCGCUGCCACUGCUCUUACGCCAGCGGCGCGCCGUUUGCGCAGCACGGCAGGCUCUGCCUGCACGAGGAGGCCCCGCCGGGGACCGAAUCGGCUCCGCCGCUGCCUCCACAGGAGCCGCUCAGCUCAGGGGAGCUGUCGGCGUGGGGGAGCCACUCGGGGAGCCAAUCGGCUCAGGGGAGCCAGUCUGCUCAGGGGAGCCACGUGCCGUCGGCCCAGGGGGCUGACAUUCAGGGAGGCGGGCAGCCCUUGGCGCGCCCACCACCGCCGCCGCCUCCAGUGGUUUCCAUGGAGGCCCCACCCCAGCUGCCUCCGGCAGUCCGCGCUGAGGCAGCGAACGACGUUAGGCCGACGCCAGCUGCAGCCUGGGCUGCAGCUCCGGCGCAGGACAGCUCGUGGGAGCCCGUGCAGCAGUGGCCUCGGCACGGCUUCGAGUGGCGCUCCGACGCGCCUGCGCAGUGGUGGCCCCAAGCAGGGCGGCCGGCACCGCAGCAGGCGCCGUCACCAUACAUGCUCACGCCGCCGCCCCUGCCGCAGCCGCAGGUCGUCGCCCCGCGCGGCAGGCGCCGAGCGCCGGAGCCCGCGCCGCUCGUCGCGGAGAGGUGUCUGCUCCGCCUGCUGCACGCCCCGGCCGAGGGGGCGGGCGGCAAGCCCAAGGCCCUGCUCGACAGCGGGGGCGCGGCGCCUGCGGCAGGCAAGCCGCUGGAGGAGGCCCCAGUCGAGCCCAAAGCGGGCGAUGCAGACGCCCCCUCGGAGGCGGCGGAGGCGUCCUCGCGGUCGCAGCGCGGCGGGUGCGGCCAGAGCCCUGAACAGUCAGCCGAGGCAGGGCCGUCUGCGAAGAUGAUGCAGGACUUGUUGGGGGCUCUGUGCCCUUCGCUCGGGAAAGGGCAGCCGGCCACGGAGCCCAAGCCCAGGCCCAUCGAGGUCACGCCGCCGCGCGCAGCCAUCGUGGGCCAACAGGCGCAGCGGAUCAACCUGUUCGACCAGCACCAGCUCCCGUGGCAGCAGCCCCGGCAGCCCCCCGCGGCCUCGGAGGAGGCCCAGGCCCUGCCCGCCCCGGCAGCGCCCGCGGUGCAGCGGCUGGCGGCAACCCUUGGGGGCCUGGCGGCCCCCGUGGCCCCA